AUGCACGCGGCCAGCGUCAAGCGGCUGGCGGACCUGGAGCGCAGGGAGCGGCACUACGAGAAGGUGGACGAGCCCAAGUCCCAGGAGCUGGAGAUGCAGCCCGGGACCACCGCGCAGCCAGCGGUUACAGAGGAAUGGCGAAACGUGUACAUCGACCCAAGUGGCGAGACCCUCCCAGCGACAUUCAAGAGCAACGCGAUCAAGACGUCUAAGUACAAUGUCGCCACAUUCCUGCCCAUCUUCCUGCUUGAAAUGUUUCGACGGGCAGCAUACUUGUAUUUUCUGCUGCAGGCGGGAUUGUCAUGGUGGGAGGAGGUCUCGCCAUUCAGCGGUGUGGGUGCCACUGCUGCGCUCUUAUUUGUCUUGGUUGUCUCAGCUGUGAAGGCAGGCCUUGAGGAUUACAAGAGGCAUGUGGAGGACAAAGUGACCAACAACACACCCACAACUGUGGUAAAUCUCAAGACAGGGGAAGUCGAGGAGAAGAAAUGGAAAGAUGUGAAAGUCGGCGAUGUCGUCAAAGUUGCAGACGAUGAGCUGUUUCCUGCAGACCUAAUGUGCCUAAAAACUGGUCUUGCUGACAACCUCUGCUACAUACGGACAACGAAUCUGGAUGGCGAGUCCAAUCUUAAAAUCAGGAAACCAGUGGAUCUGCGUGGUGUCCCUGGAUUUGGGGAGGACGAGAAGGAGACCAUGAAGCUCCCUGAAUCAUUCAGAGGGCAGCUUGAAAGCGAGCAUCCAAAUCGCAAUCUGCACAAAUACAAGGGCCGAUUUCAGGCUACUUACAGUGACAGCACGGGUGCCACUAGAAGGACUCAGAUGCCUGUCACAAUGAAUGAGAUGCUUCUGAGAGGCACACUGCUGAAGAACUCAAGGCAUGUUUAUGGCUUGGUUGUGUACACUGGGCCUGAAUCAAGGAUCCAGAAGAAUGCAGCCGCUGCACCCCUGAAAUAUGGGUCGUUCGACCUGUUCUUGAAUAUCCAGGUCUACGCCCUGAUUGUGAUACAGGCCAUCAUGUGCGUCUGCUUGGCGGCUGGAAAUCUGAUAUGGCGAGAGGAGGAAGGGAAGAAGCGUUAUUUCCUGGCAUUCGACCAGUAUGUUGCAGGGAACUAUGAGGACAGCGUCACGUACUUCUUCCUUGUCUUUCUAACUUUCUGGAUUUUGACAUCAUACAUGGUGCCUAUCAGUUUGUUUGUCACCAUGGAGAUUGUGAAAUUUUGGCAGGCAUUCGUGUUCAUCAAUAAUGAUCCAAACAUGGUGUUGGAAGAGGGAAACGAAUCAAGCCAUGCACAUGCACGCAAUUCGAAUCUGAAUGAAGACUUGGGAAAAGUGGAGUAUGUGUUCAGCGACAAGACAGGAACACUGACCAGCAAUGAAAUGCAGCUGAGGAUGGUAUCCAUCAAGGGUAUCGUUUUUGGAAACCCUGAAAUCAGGUUGGAGGAGCUUGGCCAAGAAGCCAGGGGGCCCCCUUCUUUGGAGAAAUUCGAUCCAAGACUUGCAAAGUCUGUUCAGAUUUUGAAGGACGGGAACUUCUGGAAGUGCUUGAUGAACCAGGGCGGCAGCCGUGAAGAGGUCCUCCGGCUGGCUGGAGGUGGUCCCGUCCUGCAGACUGCCAGGACGCUCACAAAGAAUGCAAUCCGCAAGGAGGUCGAUGAUUUUUCGGGGAGCAGAGGGGAGCCUGAGGCACACAUCAGAGUUGAAAGCCGUGAUGUUGGGGAAUUUGUGCUUGGAUGGCACAUCGUCGAUUUCUGGACCAAUUUGUGUAUUUGCCAUUCUUUGAUCAUUGAAGAGCAACCCGAUGAAAAUGGAGGAAUGAAAAAAAUCUAUCAGGGUCCAUCACCUGACGAAGUGGCGCUCGUGGAAGCUGGGAGGCAGUUGGGCUUUGAGUACUGUGAACGCACAAUCAGCGAUAUCACGCUAAAUUUGCAAGAACACCAAGUCAAAUUCGACAUACUGAAUGUCCUGGAAUUCAGCAGCGAUCGGAAGAGGAUGUCGGUGAUUGCCCGAUCCCAUGAUGGCACCAUCCGAUUGUACAGCAAGGGGGCGGAUAAUGCGAUGUUGGAGCGGCUCCAGUCCAACACAGACCAAGAGUUGCUGCGAAAGACACAAGUGGAUCUGUAUGACUUCUCAGUCAAGGGUCUUCGAACCUUGGUGCUAGGGACACGGGUGCUCCUGCAGGAGGAAUGGGAGCUGUGGGACAAGGAAUACCAAAAGGCUGCCUCAAGUCUGGACGACCGUGACGGAAAAAUUUCGCGAGUCGCCGACACCAUUGAGCGUGACUUGGAACUCGUGGGUGUCACAGCCAUUGAGGAUAAGCUCCAAGAAGGGGUGCCAAUGGCCAUUCAAACAUUGCGGAUGGCAGAUAUGAAGGUUUGGAUGAUCACUGGGGACAAAAUGGAGACAGCCAUAAACAUUGGUGUGUCAUGUCGGCUGAUUCGGCGGCAGGAGAGUGUCAUAAUCCUGACGGCAGACUCCGAGGAGGAGGCAGUGAGAAACAUUCUUGAAUGCAAGAAGGAGGCGGAGGCACGCAUGGAAAAGAAUGAGCCAGUCGAGCUUGUUGUUGACGGCCCAAGUUUGAAUUUCAUCAUUGGGAAGGAGCACAAUGGCCACAUUUUGGAGCGCGAACUUGCUGAUCUGGCAUCAAUGAGCGGAGCUGUUGUUGUGUGUCGCUCAUCGCCAUCACAAAAGGCAGCAAUCGUAAGGGUCAUGGAUGAGUUCGAAAUGAGGAAGGCUGAAGGCACUGGAAACUUCAUUUCAAGAUGGUUUCGUAAGCAGGACAAAAAAAUCAAGAGCAAGAGCCUUGCCAUUGGCGAUGGAGCCAAUGAUGUGGCCAUGAUUCAGGCAGCGAAUGUUGGAGUGGGGAUUGCUGGAAAGGAGGGUCGGCAGGCUGUGAACAACUCCGACUACGCAAUCUCGCAGUUCCGGUUCCUGGUCAGGCUGCUGCUGGUUCAUGGCCAGCUCUCCAAUUACCGGCUUGCUCGGCUCAUCAAGUACUCGUUUUUCAAGAACAUCGCCUUCGAUUUCAUCCUGAUUUAUUUUCAGAUAUUCUGUGGAUUCUCAGGCCAAACGCUGGUUGAUGACAUUUCGGCGGCCAUGUACAAUGUCGUCUUCACAGCCGUGCCCAUCCUUCUGUUUUCAGUCCUGGACCGGCCCGUCAGCGAUGCGUCCUUCAUUCGGUUCCCCCAGCUGUACAACAGGGCACAUUCGCUCAGCAACAGCGUGUUCUGGAGGACUGGCAUCUUGGAUGGCAUGAUCGUUGGCGCCAUAUGCUUCUUCAUCCCCUUCUACGCAGCUGUUCCCGCAGGGAGGGACUCCACGCACGGGUUGUGGUCUGUGGGCAAGACCUCGUUCAUUGCCCUCCUUGGUGCCGUCACGUUGGAAAUCUCUCUCGUGACUAGAUAUUGGACCUUUGUGUACAUCUUGUUUGUGCUGCUGAGCUAUUUACUGGUGUACCCGUUCUUCUUGGUCUUCCCCUACGUGGAGAGGUCAAUCGACAUGUUUGAUCCCGCGCAGUUUGGAACGGCGGUGAACCUGUUCUCCACGGCAACGUUUUGGCUCACCAUACUGGGGGUCUAUGCGGUGACGUUUGGAUACAGGUACCUGAACCGCACGUACAAGUGGCUGUACCACCCUGACGACAACAUGAUUGUCGCUGAAUUUGAGAGCAAAAGUGACGGUGCUCUAGCGGGCCUGGAGCAAGACGUGGCAGAGUGUGAACGGAUGGUGGCGCUUGGGUAUGGGAACGUGGUGCAACCCGACAGUUCUGGUAACUCGGAAAACGGAAACUCUGAGCACGCGAACUGGACUAAGGAAACAGCAGCAUAG